CUUUUCCCCCCAUGCAACCGACUCAACCUGAAGCCGGGCUAUAUAAAGGGCUAGUCCCGGCUUCGGCUAUUAACUUUCCAUCCAUCCCCAAUGAUUAUUUGGCCCUUUUCUGUGUCGAUUGAAGUUCGCGUGCUGUUCAUAUGGCACCACUUUCUGCUCAUGCCCUAGUGCUUGUACUUCUGGACUAAGAAACAUUAUCUUCAACGCACUUAUAUUGCUUACGCUCCUUCAACAUGGCCAUCUCUACCAUUACUGCUACGGCGACCGGCCUCUUCAUCCUUCUCCUGGCAUACAAAAUUGUCAUAUAUCCGGUGUUUAUAUCGCCACUGUCAAAGAUACCCAAUGCACACUGGUCAGCUCCAAUCUCACCUGUCUGGAUCAUUUGGAAACGAUAUAUGGCCCAGAACAACCGGACCAUCCAAGCUGCACAUGAACAGCUAGGGCCCAUUAUCCGGCUUGCACCCUCUGAAGUCUCCGUCAACUGCGUAGAUGGAGGCAUCAAGUCCAUUUAUACUGGUGGGUUUGAGAAACAUGAAUGGUACCCCCGUGUCUUUGGGUCUUUCGGAACUGUUAGCAUGUUUACUAUGACAAACAACAAAGCCCAUUCCAAUCGUAAAAGGAUGUUAUCCAACAUAUACAGCAAGUCAUUCUUGCAGUCCUCGCCCCAUAUCCACCUUAUCUCCGAGACAAUCAUGCUCGACCGUCUCCUACCCAUCAUCCAGGAAGCAGCCUCUUCUGGCUCACCAAUUGACAUGCACGACCUUAACCAGGGCCUUACGAUGGACUUUGUAUCCGCAUAUCUUUACGGACUGGCAAACGGAUCUAACUUCCUCCAAGACGAAUCGUUCCGCCGCAGAAUGCUCCGUCUCUACCAGAGUAGGAAGCCAUUCGAGUUCUACCACCAAGAGGUCCCAAACCUUCUGUCAUGGACAAAGCAUCUAGGCCUUCGACUAAUCCCCAAAUGGUGUGACGAAGCCAAUGAAAUACUCGAUGCCUGGGGACUCAACUUCUGCGACAGAGCGGACCAAUGUCUAUCCUCCACCAAGCCCGGCAUUGAACCCACGGUCUACAAGCAUCUUAAACAGAGCAUUUCAAAGCAGCUCCCACUCAAAGAACAGAACACAGCUUCAUAUACCAAACUCAUCGAGAAACAAAGACUCGACAUUGCCUGCGAACUAUACGACCAUCUCACCGCAGGCCACGAGACCAGCGCCGUCGCCCUGACCUACCUUUUCUGGGAGCUUUCCAAACACCCGGACCUCCAGAAAUCACUGCGUGAAGAGCUCCUAACCCUCGAACCAAAGAUCCUCUACCCUCGCUCAUCAUCCUCCAGAGAGCUACCCACCCCCAAGUCGAUCGACUCCCUGCCCCUUCUCGAAGCCAUCGUAACAGAAACUCUACGCUUGCACGCUCCAAUCCCCGGAAUCCAGCCCCGCGUCACUCCAUCCCCGGGCUGCAAUCUAGUCGGAUAUAGCGACAUCCCCGGAAACACCCGGGUAAGUGCACAGGCUUACUCACUUCAUCGCAAUGCAGAGGUUUUCCCCGAGCCGGAGACAUGGCAACCGAAGCGGUGGCUGAAGGAUAGCAACACGCCGUCUGAGUUAGAGGAGAGACGACGCUGGUUCUGGGCUUUUGGGAGCGGUGGACGAAUGUGUGUUGGAAGUAAUCUUGCUCUGCAGGAAAUGAAACUAGCAGUCGCAGCCAUCUACACCAACUACACGACCACCAUCAUUGACGACGAGGAUAUCGAAGCCAUUGAUGCAUACACGGUCAAACCGCGUGGAGAGAAAUUAGUCUUGAAAUUCGAAUCAGUAGCUUAGUCCCAUACAAACCACACCAAUUAACCUUCUCUCUGCACAUCAAUCUACAACAAC